UCCCCACAAACAAACCAUAGCAUAAACUGUGAGUAAUAUCACACUGAAUGCAGAGAACUAUACCCCCCAUCCCAACUCAUAUGAGCUCCUCUCUAUACAUGAAAAUUUUGCAACUCUGCCUUGAGACGAAAGCUUUGGAACGAGGCCGUUUGAUUCAUAGCCACAUCAUAAGAGAGGGGUUGGCUUCAAAUAUCCAUUUAGGCAAUAAAUUGAUAAUCUUUUAUAGUAAACUUGGGGAUACAAUUUAUGCUCGCAAGGUGUUCGCUAGAUUGCCAGAGAGAAAUGUAGUGUCAUGGACCGCCCACAUUUCUGGUUAUACGCAAAAUGGGUUCUGCCAUGAUGCUUUGUUAGUUUUUCUAGAAAUGAUUCGAGCAGGAGUUAGGGCCAAUCAGUUUACUUAUGGGAGUGUGUUGCGGGCAUGUACUGGUUUGAGGUGUUUGGGGAGAGGGAUGCAAAUACAAGGCUGUAUCCAGAAGAGUAGGUUUUUUGGCAAUUUGUUUGUGCAGAGUGCAUUGGUUGAUUUGCACUCGAAAUGUGGAAGCAUGGACGAUGCUUUUUAUUUGUUUCAAACAAUGUCUGAGAGGGAUUUGGUCUCUUGGAAUGCAAUGAUUGGUGGGUAUGCUGCUCAGGGUUUCGCUGAUGAGUCAUUUCGAAUAUUUCAUUCAAUGUUGAAGGAAGGUAUGAUCCCUGAUUGUUUCUCCUUGGGGAGUGUUUUGAAGGCAUGCGGCAGAGGUAAUUGCGUCAUUGAAGUCUGUCAAAUACAUGGAAUUAUUAUACAUCUUGGAUUUGGGUCACAUGUUGAUUUGAAUGGAUCGCUCGUUGAUUCAUAUGCAAAAUGUGGAAGAACAAAAAAUGCUUAUGAUUUAUACAAGAGUAUGAAAAAGAAAGAUGCAAUAUCUUUUACGGCACUCAUGACCGGAUAUGCACACGACAGCUCUUGUGCUAAUGAGGCCUUGGAUCUCUUCAAAGAUGCACAACAUAUAUGCAUGAAGAUAGACGAUGUCACGUUCUGCGCUAUGCUUAAUGUAUGCGCCAAUGUAGCAUCCCUGAGCAUGGGAAGACAAAUUCAUGCUCUGGCUUUGAAACACAAACCAAGUCAUGAUAUAGCCACACGCAAUGCUUUGAUCGAUAUGUAUGCAAAAUCCGGAGAAAUUGAAGAUGCUACCCGCGCUUUUCACGAGAUGAAAGAGAAAAAUGUGAUUUCUUGGACUUCGUUGAUUACUGGCUAUGGGAAGCAUGGAUAUGGACAUGAUGCAAUUGCUCUGUUCAAGAAGAUGGAGUGUGAGUGUCUGAAGCCUAAUGAUAUUACAUUCUUGUCUCUUCUCUUUGCCUGCAGUCAUUCAGGAUUGACCAGUGAGGGAUGGGAAUGCUUUAACAAUAUGAUUAACAAAUAUGACAUCUCACCACGACCGGAGCAUUUUUCUUCCAUGGUCGAUAUCCUAGCACGUGGAGGGAACUUGGAAGAAGCUUUGAGUAUGAUAUGGAAGAUGGAUAUCAAGCCUGAUGCCUCUUUGUGGGGUGCGAUUCUAGGGGCGUGCAGUAUAUACGGUGAUAGGUCUCUGGGAGAAGCAGCAGCGUCGCGCCUUUUCUUGAUGGAUCCAGAUAAUACAGCAAACUAUGUAGUAUUAGCAAGCAUAUAUGCUGGAGCUGGUGCAUGGGACAAUGCCUGGAAAAUGAGAAAAUUAAUGGAAGAGAAAAGCUUAAAAAAGUCUCGGGGAUACAGCCUCCUACAAUCUACAAAGAACAUCGCACUUCUACAGAAAAAUUGAGAAGUAAUUUGCCCUUUCUAGGAACUGCAAAUGAUGAUUCUGGAAAGAACAUGACGCGUUUACAAGCAAAGUGGCGAUAAUACUUCUUCUACGAAAUGAAGCAAUUUUCAGAGAUCAAAAAGCUCGGUUGAUCAUCAAGUAUUCUGCUGCUAAUUACAAGCAAAGUGACGAUAAUUAAUAAUAAUUUGCGUAGAAAAAGCUCCGCAGAUAUGAGUGAUUUUGAUAAAAUUACAGCAACUGGAUCUUCUAGGAGUCUGUUGAGUGAUGACGUGGCUUAUAUUGAUUGGAUUUCAGUGUCUGAUACAUUGGUCCUUGAUCCUCAGCGGAAUCUAUAUUCCAAGGAAUCUUCUUCCUCAACUUGCUCGUGUGACCAGAAGGUUUUUGUGGGAGAUCAGCUAGUCCUGCAUGUGAAAAUAGCACCGAGAGCUCAAAUUUGACUACAUACAACCAGAUAGAAGCAAAAACAUGCUGAAGAUGGCACAUUUCAGUAUCUGCUGCAACACUGAACAUGACAAUAUAGCUGGUGAAUGUGAAAAAAAGGAAGAAUCAUGCUGACUAGAACUAUACUUUUUUGUGUCAAAUGUAGUUUUUUUUUAGAAGAAAUGUUAAUUGUGGUUUGAACAGAUGGUUUCCUAGUGUUACUGGAUUGUAGAAUUGGGUUAAUUUUUUUGUUAUUGUAUCCUCAUAAUUGACUUGAGCUUUAAUACUGAAACAUUCCGCUGUUACCAAUGAGUUAUAACUCAAAUAAUAUAAGCGUUUGGCAGUAA